AUGGCGUCUGUCGCUGCCACCUCGCCUCCACGUCCGCGCAGAUUUGCGCCGCUGAGACAGGAGCCCGGCACACAGUCAGAUGCCCCGUCCUUGCAGGGGAUUGUCUUUGAUGUCGAUGGCACGCUUUGCCUUCCGCAACACUACAUGUUCAGUCAAAUGCGCGCCGCAUUAGGAAUCGACCGAUCGGUCGACAUCCUCGACCACAUCCGAAGCCUGCCAACCGAGACAGAGCGCACCGAGGCCGUCGCCAAAAUACAGGCCAUCGAGCGGGAGGCGAUGCUGCAACAGCAGCCCCAGCCCGGUCUCGUCCAGCUGAUGGACUAUCUCGAAGAACGCGGCAUGCGAAGGGCGCUGUCACAACAGAUCUUUCGCUGUUUUAUUUUAUUUUUACUGACGCCGCGAACCUCUAGAGCACCUGUUACCCACCUCCUCCAGAACCACCUCCCCAAACACGUCUUCGAGCCCAUCAUCACCCGCGACACUCCCGAUCUCCUCCCCAAGCCCGACCCAGCUGGGAUUCUGCACAUUGCGCGGCAAUGGGGUCUCGACAACCGUGCCGAGAGCAUGAUUAUGGUAGGGAACAUUUACCUCAAUUCUUCCUUGGUAAUUUGCACUCCCUACUUACACAAGGCUUUUUUGUUUGUAUCCGGUCACGCCGCUGGCGCUGCUACCGUGUUGCUCCUCAACGACCGCAAUGCCUAUCUCAAGGAGCACCCGCAUACGGAUCUCUGCAUUAAUCGACUUGACGAUCUGAUUGAGAUUCUGGACCGGGGGUUUGUGGGACAGAAUCAUGAUCACAGCCAUGAGUGA